UGUAAACACGCCUCCCUCUAACCAAAGCUGUCAAAGGACAGCUAGAGUGCCCGGGAUCAUCGAGCAGAGGCGCUUUUCCAUAUGUUAAGCGUACUUAAAACACUUUUUACGAAAAAAGCAAUACUUUAACAGUAAUUUAGGCACUUCUCCGGGUGGAUAGAAAACUCCUGAGCGCAGGUUACCUGGACGCGCACCUGAGAUCUUCAGCGAUGGUCGAGGUGUUUUCAGGCCGAACACUCCUGAAUAAAGAGGGGGAUUUGGUCGAUCCAGAGGAAGCUCUGAGGAAUAAAGUGGUUGGCCUGUAUUUCUCAGCCGGAUGGUGUCCACCCUGCCGAGACUUCACACCGCUGCUGUGUGAUUUCUACACGGAGCUGGUGGAGGAGACCGAGCCACCUGCACAGUUUGAAAUCGUGUUCAUAUCCUCUGAUAAAUCCACAGAAGACAUGGUGGAGUAUUAUCAUGACAUGCACGGGGACUGGCUGGCUUUGCCCUGGACGGAUCCAUAUAAACAUGAACUCAAGAAGAGAUACAACAUCACAGCCGUACCAAAGCUGGUCAUCGUGAAGGAGAACGGUCAGGUCAUCACUGACAAAGGCCGAAAGCAGAUCAGAGACCAGGGUCUGGCGUGCUUCCGGAGCUGGCUGGAGGUGGCCGAGAUCUUCCAGAACUUUAAAGCCUAGGAAUCACGUGGAGGUGUUUCCUGAAUCGCACUGAAUCCCCAAGGUCUGUUGAAACCAACAUGUAC